ACAGCGGCUACACUAUGGAAGAAACAACUCCAGUUCGACACCAGCACCAGUUCAACAUCACCAAACUGCAGCGAUAUUUAACAACGACAUUACUCAGCGGUUCACAAAACUCUACGCUUUCUGUACGACAAUACAAGUCUGGUCAGUCAAACCCAACAUUUCUGAUUCAAACUGCAGAAAAGAGCUAUGUGCUCAGGAAAAAACCUCCUGGUUCCUUACUGCCCGGUGCACACAAGGUGGAUAGAGAGUUUGCUGUACAGAAGGCUCUACAAUCGGUUGGAUUUCCUGUUCCUCACCCUCUGCUUUAUUGCUCAGAUACAGAUGUUAUUGGUACAGAGUUUUACAUGAUGGAGCACGUUCAGGGACGCAUAUUUCGGGACCCGAGGCUACCAGGCAUCAGUGCUGCAGAGCGCAGCGCCUUGUAUGUGGCAGCAGUCGAGGUGUUGGCCAGACUUCACUCUGUUAACAUUGCUGCACUCGGUCUGCUGAGAUAUGGAAAAGGGUCCGGUUACUGCAAGAGACAAGUGUCAACCUGGACAAAGCAGUACAAAGCCUCGGCUCACACAAGCAUCCCAGCCGUGGACGAGCUUUCCGAUUGGCUGAGCAACAACCUUCCAUCCACCGAUGACCAAGUGACCCUCGUUCAUGGCGAUUUUCGCAUCGACAACCUGAUAUUCCAUCCAUCAGAGGCUCGAGUUUUAGCUGUAUUAGACUGGGAGUUGUCUACAACUGGACAUCCACUUGCUGACCUGGCUUACUUUCUCAUGCCCCAUUACUGCCCCUCCAGUCUUAACAUCAGCAGUGUUCUGGGUGGAGUCACAGGGAUAGAGGGCAUCCCGCCUCCAGAAGACCUGAUCUCCAUCUACUGCCGCUGCCGCGGGAUCCCUCCUUCACUUUCACAUCAGAAUUUCUUUAUCGCUCUAGCCAUGUUUAAAAUGGCCUGCAUCGCACAGGGCAUCUAUGCAAGGUAUCUGAUGGGGAACGCCAGUGCUCCUAACGCGGCAGAGUUUGGUGAAGCUGUGGAGCCCUUAGCUCAGCUGGCUUUGAAGAUUGCACACAGCUUCUCAAUGACUGUUCCAGUUGUUGAUCGGCGGUUUCUCCAAUCUGCAAAAGGUCACAGUGUCCUCCGGCAGGUCAAGGAGUUCAUGACCAGUCAUGUACUGCCAGCUCAAAAGGAAAUUGCUGAGUACUAUGCCAAACACACUGAGGGCCCACAAAGAUGGCAAACACCUCCAAUUUUAGAGGAAUUAAAGGAAAAAGCCCGUGCUGCAGGACUGUGGAAUCUCUUUCUGCCUGCAGUAAGUGGACUGUCUCAGCUAGAUUAUUCCUACAUUGCUGAAGAAACUGGCCGAUGCUAUUACGCUCCAGAGGUCUUUAACUGCCAGGCUCCAGAUUCAGGAAACAUGGAGGUCCUGCACAUGUUUGGCACUGAGGAGCAAAAAAGGCUCUGGCUGGAGCCCUUACUAAGAGGAAACAUACGAUCCUGCUUUUGCAUGACAGAACCAGAUGUUGCCUCCAGUGAUGCAACCAACAUGGCGUGCACUCUACACAAGGACAAAGAUCACUAUGUCAUCAACGGCAAGAAGUGGUGGAGCAGCGGUGCUGGUAAUUCAAACUGCAAAAUUGCCAUAGUGAUGUGCAGGAGCAAGUCAGCUGACUCUGACAACCACAGGCAUGGUCAGCACAGUAUGAUUUUGGUUCCUAUGGACACGCCAGGCGUGAAAAAGAUCCGACCCCUCACUGUAUUUGGACAAGACGAUGCCAACCAUGGUGGUCAUUUCGAGAUCCACUUUGACAACGUGCGUGUUCCCGUCUCUAACAUUCUCCUGGGUGAAGGUCGAGGUUUUGAGAUAGCUCAGGGUCGUCUCGGCCCAGGCAGACUGCACCACUGCAUGAGGGCGGUAGGGCUGGCGGAGCAGGCACUGGAGCUGCUGUGUCAAAGAUCUGCCAGCAGACGCACUUUCGGCAAGAAACUGUAUCAACAUGAGGUGGUGGCGCAUUGGAUAGCUGAGUGUCGUAUUGCCGUCGAGCAGACGCGCCUACUGGCUCUACACGCAGCCUACAUACUAGAUACACAGGGGAACAAGGCAGCACGGAAACAGAUUGCAAUGAUAAAGGUAGUAGCAGGUAGAAUGGCAUGCAAGGUGGUGGACUGUGCAAUUCAGGUCCAUGGAGGUGCAGGAGUGUGUGAUGACUUCCCUCUUGCUCAGAUGUACGCAUACGCUCGGACUCUGCGUUUAGCUGACGGUCCUGAUGAGGUUCAUCUGUCCUCCAUCGCCCAAAUGGAGCUUAAGGAUCAGCUGAGACGGACUGCUGCUAAGCUGUAAACAGUCUGAAAGCUGUUCUUUUUGGAUGCUUUUUUUGAAAAUUUAAUUCAGUCCAAUUUUCUAACGGUAAGGAUUAAUUCUAGGGUGCGUGGUUGGUGAAGUUGUAAAACCCGCCAGCACAUUGUUAGUUACCAGCAGGCCGGGCGCCUAUACAGACACGGGGUGGGAUUGCCAGAUUACUUAUAAAUGCUUCAAUUACAGCAUUUGCUUGCUGAUCGAUGGUGCCUGCACAGAGUCAAGGGAUAAUUAAGAUCAUUAAGGGAUAAUUAAGGGCAGCUGUAGUGGUUAAGGUACUGGACUAGUAAUCAGAGGGUUGCUGGUUCAAGCCUCACCUCUGCCAGGUUGCAACUGUUGGGCCCUUGAGCAAGGCCCUUAACCCUCAAUUGCUUAGACUAUGUACCAUCACAACUGUAAGUCGCUUUGGAUAAAAGUGUCUGCUAAAUGCUGAAAAUGUAAAUCGGCGCGUGUCAAAUGGUUGUGCGUGUUCACAAAAGGUUUGUACUUAAUUACCAAACAUUGAUUUAAUAAUUACCUACAACGAAGCAGUGUGUUAGAAGCAUAUGCCUUACUUCUUAAUAAAAUAUAGUGUCAAAACAAAAAAAGGAGAAAAAAGAUGAUUAAUAUAAAGAGAAUUUUAGAUACAUUUAAAUCUUCUAAAGUUUUAUCACUUUUGAUAGUCUAAAAUGUCUUUUAAAUAGUUCCAAUUCAAAUUGAAAUGAGAAAACAUCAUGACAAUUGAUUGUUAACCAUUCAGACCUUCUAAUAUUAAAUACAGAACAAAAUUGUUAAAAAGAGAACUGAUUAAAAAAUCCAUACUUUAUUAUGUGUGCGCUUCCUUUUUUCCAUGAGCUCCAAGUUUGCCUAAUAUUCUUUGAGAAUUUCUGACACACAUCUAAAUUAAGUUAAUGCAGCAUUAUUUAAAGCACUAGAUCAGCCUAAUAAGUUUACAGCAUUGAUGCAACCCAUAUAAACAGUUUGUAUCUUGAGUAUUUUGUAUUUUGAGUAGAAAUCCUUGCAGUCAGCAAUUUUGUACGAGAUUUACAUUUUUGUGGCAGAUUUGUGGUACCUUUAAUUGUGGUGCGAAAAUAAAAGGUUUGUACA